CUCUGCGGCUGGAGGUCUAGAAUAGAUCAUCGAGAUCCGAAAAGCGGAGCCGCUCUCGAACGCCAAGGCGCCUCACUGGCGGUUUCGGUUUAAAGGCCGUCUGGUGUUCCACUUUAGCUUCUAGCUAACAGUAUCUAGAGGUUUUAUUAAUGACGGAAUUUAUUUAUUAUUUAUUAAUGACGGAACUAAUUUAUUAAUGACGGAAGCAGGGAUUAGCGUGACGUCACAAGCCGGCGGUUAAACAUCCUUCGGAAAUCCCGGUUAUAUGUGCCAUUCGAGCAUGUCGACGACCAGUCCUCGUAAAAAACAUAGCUGGAUAUUAUUUUCGUGCUCUAUUGGCGAUGGAGGACGUCAUUUCUCGAUUAGGACGGAAGUGAGCCUUCUACUGAGCGACAGAAGGAAAGACCGGCGGUGGGCGAUGACGCUCGGUGCUCGCGCCGGAAGUGCCCGGGGUAGAGCCUGUGCUUGGAUCCGGCGGCGGUAGCGGCGAAAGGAGAAAUGGCCCCCGCAGGAUCCCAAACCCUGUUGGGCCUCAGGAAGAGAGAAGGACAUUGGCCACUACCUGCUGAGGAACGUUCUAACACAGACAACUAUCGAAGGUAAAUGUUUCCAUAACCUUAUGGAGAGAAAGGACUUUGAAGCAUGGCUUGAUAACAUUUCUAUUACGUUUCUCUCUCUGACGGACUUGCAGAAAAAUGAGACGCUGGAUCACCUGAUUGGCUUGAGCGGGGCAGUCCAGCUCAGGCAUCUCUCCAAUAACCUAGAGACCCUCCUCAAACGGGACUUCCUCAAACUCCUCCCACUGGAACUCAGUUUUUAUUUGUUAAAAUGGCUUGACCCUGAGACCUUACUCACAUGUUGCCUCGUCUCUAAGCAGUGGAACAAGGUCAUAAGUGCCUGUACAGAGGUCUGGCAGACUGCCUGUAAGAAUUUGGGCUGGCAAAUCGAUGACUCUGUCCAGGAUGCUUUGCAUUGGAAAAAGUUGUACUUGAAGGCCAUUUUAAGGAUGAAGCAACUGAAGGACCAUGAAGCCUUUGAGACCUCCUCGCUAAUUGGACACAGUGCCAGGGUUUAUGCACUUUAUUAUAAAGACGGACUUCUUUGUACAGGGUCAGAUGACUUGUCUGCGAAGCUGUGGGACGUGAGCACUGGGCAGUGCAUCUACGGGAUCCAGACCCACACCUGUGCAGCAGUGAAGUUUGAUGAGGAAAAACUUGUCACAGGUUCUUUUGAUAACACAGUAGCCUGCUGGGAGUGGAGCUCGGGAGCUAAAACCCAGUAUUUCCGAGGCCACACAGGAGCAGUUUUUAGCGUGGAUUACAAUGACGACUUGGAUAUUCUUGUCAGCGGCUCAGCAGAUUUCACUGUGAAAGUCUGGGCAUUAUCGACUGGAGUAUGUCUCAACACACUGACAGGACACACAGAAUGGGUCACCAAGGUGGUCUUGCAAAAGUGCAAAGUCAAAUCCAUCAUGCACAGCCCUGGGGAUUACAUUCUUUUAAGUGCUGACAAGUAUGAAAUCAAGAUCUGGCCCAUCGGAAGAGAGAUCAACUGCAAAUGCUUAAAAACUCUGACGGUCUCGGAAGAUCGCAGCAUCUCUUUGCAGCCCCGGCUUCACUUUGAUGGGAAGUACAUUGUGUGUAGUUCAGCGCUUGGACUGUACCAGUGGGAUUUUGCCAGCUAUGAUAUUCUCAGGGUUAUCAAGCCUCCCGAGUUUGCAAACUUGUCCUUGCUGGGCUUCGGUGACAUUUUUGCCCUCCUGUUUGAUAACCACUACCUGUACAUCAUGGAUUUGAGGACAGAGAAACUGAUCAGCCGCUGGCCGCUGCCAGAGUACAGGAAGUCCAAGAGGGGCUCGAGCUUUUUGGCUGGAGAAAUGUCUUGGCUCAAUGGCUUGGACGGCCAGAAUGACAUGGGAUUGGUCUUUGCCACCAGCAUGCCCGACCACAGUAUUCAUCUGGUGUUGUGGAAGGAACACGGCUGAAGGGGAGCGGCAGAUGCACGUGUGACCUGUGGCUUUUUUAAACAAACGAACAGACAGUUGAGACUGCCAGCAGCAAGUCGGCCAGAGAAGACUUUGCAUGAACCAAAGCUGCGCAUCUUCCAGACUCCCAUCAUGCAAUGUACAAUCAUUUUACCUUUAAUUUCCUAGGGCAUUGGAGAAGAUGGGGAGGUGCGGAAUAUCAGAGAGGGGUGUGUGUAUCAUUAUUAUUUUUAGAACAUUAAUGCGCCACGGCAUGCUAACAUCCUUCAGAACCGGCUUGUGUAUUAAUGUUCAAGCAUACACAUUUGGGCAUCUUUCUCGACUAUGGCUUUAGGGUUGUUGGUUUGAUUCUUCUUUUUCCUUUCGGGGAGAAAAAAGCGAUGCCAUUCAAAAGGAGGAGGGUCUCCGCUCUCCUCCCUUCCCCCUCCUGCCCUUAUCUUUCUCAGAUAGGAAAGAGCAGGUAGCGAAUCAGAUUGUUUCUUUCAGACAUCUCGUUCCCAAGGCGUUCACCUCCACUGUGGAAAAUCGGAUUGCUACAGCAGGUGAAUCAGUUUCUCUGUGGCUGUUCAGAUGUCACCUCGCUGACCGCAGGCACUUCCACUUCUGUGUGCAGUGAAAACGAACCCCCCUCCUCUUCCCGGAGGCCUGGCUGUUCUCACGUGUAGCAGUGAAUAUCUAGAGCAGGUGGCCUUGCGAUUAUUUGGGGAAAGCAGUGAGUCUCCCGGCUCAGCAAACAUUCUCUUCAAAGCCUGGCUUUUGGAAUGGGCAUUCACUUCUGUGUGUGGUGAAGGGGAACCAGUGGGGUGGGGGUCAACAUCCAAGCAUCAAUCACCAGAGGCCUGUUUUGUCUCAUGAGGCAAAUGUUUGGGCCGAUUUAAGUGAGUUGCCUUUUUUUUUUAACAAGCCAUCAAGUCAGCGGAAGGUUCCAUGUGCCUGUAGUGGCUACUGAUGGAGGAAAGGUCCACACGCAUGUGCGGUUGAAAACAGCCUUGAACCUGCCUGCUUAGCAGAUUCAGUGUUUCUGUCAAGGUCCUGGCUCCCUCGGGGGAAAAAAAGUAAUUCACCUCCCUUGCCCUGAUCUCUCUGCAAGGAGAAACCUGCUUCUCUGUCCAUCCUUUGCUUCCUGAAUCUAAUAAGAAGAGACGAGGAUGGGUGGUAGCGUAGAGCUCCCAUGUGCAACAGUGUCCUGUUUAGGGAAAGGACUGGGUAGCAGAGAGUCAGAAGGAAGCCUUCUAGCACUUGGCAGACUUUAUCUUAGCUACUAAUCUCUGCAAGCCCACGGAGGCUUUUGUUCCUGCAAUGGCUCAUUGAAGUACUGUGGCACAGUGCUGUCAAAUAAAACAACAACAACAGCCCUACAUCGUUCCAGGGAUGCUCCUUUCACAAUUUGUUUCCCGUGCAGAGGCCAAAGCUGUGGUUUGGCGGAAGCCAGGACGCCUGAGAGCCCAACUUAAGUAAUUUAAGAUUAGUGGCAAGAAAGGGCUGAACAACCUGUGGCAGAGGGGAGGGCUCACUCCCCACCCAUCCACCCGUUCUUCUGUUCUGGGAGGGGCGCUGGAUCAAAGAUGGCCGUCUUCUUCCGGCACGUGCUACAAAAGUUUACACAAUAUUAAUAAAACCAUCUGCCUGGUUGGA